GUUAAUUGUUUCUUGCUUUUUCUACAACUUUAUGGAUCUUCCGUUUCCAUGACUAAAAUCCGUGUCCAUCUGAAGAAAAAAUCGUUCAAUUUUAGCACAUGCUCUUCUCCGUCGACGAACUCUUAGAAUGUCGUGGUCGUAAGAACUCGUAGCGUGCUUAUUUUCACGCCUGGUGCCGGUGCUUCCUCUUUUGCCGUCAAGAAUCUAGCCUGGGGGACGAGCUGUUUCUUGAGUCUUCUUGCGGUGCCCAUUUUAACCUCACUCGAUCCAUCAAACUGUCGGCACAACGAACUGUCAUGAACCUGCUCUACUUCACGCUGUCAUGAAAGGCUCAUCUGCAACCACGACUGGUCCAGCAUCGGUCGUUCUGGAUCCUUUGGGGCUUGUGGAUUUAUUGCGCACAGCCUGUUGCUUUCUCAGCUUAGGGCUCAUAUCGGGAACGUACAUUCAAUAUGUUAAGGCUCCUGUCCUCAUCAACAUGAACAUUGAUAUUCAUAUUCCGUGGUAAAGCUAAAGAACUGUAUCUCACUUUGUAAAUGAUGCUAAUUACAUCGUGUUUUGCGAAGUAGAGUAAGAAUAACUUACAAGGGCAUGGCGUGCAAAUAAGAAUAUCCUUCACAGUAGAACUAGAUUUAAUACAUGUACUUAUUGCACAGAACAACUAGGAUAUCCAUUUUCAUAUCUUUGAAAAACAAGAAUCCGCUAGGUAGCAGCACAGUGUAGUAGAUUUGAAAGAGUCCGCUAGGUAGCAGCACAGUGUAGUAGAUUUUUUACUUGCGUUUGUUCCUCUAAUCAUACGGGCGAACUCGUGAAGUAUGGCAGAACAGCAAACCCCUCAGUUGAACCUCCACGAGUCGAGGACUUUCUCAGAUUGCCGUUCCUGGUGGGAACAUUUUUUAUGAGCAGACAAGUCUCACAAUCAUUGAGUUUAUACUGUGCACUCUUCUAGUACUCCAGAAUGAAGUAAUAGCUGCUUUCAUCUAAGUUUUGUGCACUCUUGUUCUAUCUUCUAGCACGACUACUAGAACCAGCUAAAAACUUGAGCACAUUUAGAACUUGGCAUUUUAGAUGAACCCGGAGUCACCUCCAAAGUAGUUGGUUCUUCUAGUUCUCUCUCUCUCUCUCUCUCACAUCUUCUAACUCUUGUGCACCAGUCUUUGGUCUGGCUCUCGACUGGAUAGACGUGAAGAAGGCACUAUGUGGAAGUGGGUUGGCUGUGGUUGCCGGCCUUUUUGCCCUAGGACAGUUCCCAUUUUUUCCUGCUGCCCUGUUCCUGCUGGCCGCAUUAUCAUGUCAAAGGUUAGCGGCGUACACCCUUUUAGCAACGAAUUGCCAUGGAAAUGGAUGGGAUAGAUAUGGUAUUUUUUAAACCUGUACCGAAAUGUUUGAAGAUGUUGAUUGAGGACGUCUAGGUUCCCGUGUGAGUACGACUAUUCAGCCCUAAAGCUUACUUCGUCCUCACGAUGACUCUGCUUACAUCGUUCUCAUUCAGGACUACUCUUCUUUCGAUACAACAUAUGGCAUCACCAUGAUACUUUCGUCCUACGGUCGUGAUCACGAACGGUCAUAUCAGAGGCAUAUAAAUAGUAAAUGUUGAGAUAAAAUUAUAGAUGCUCACUCUGACACAAACAUGCUUCCUUAGCACAGGUAGGGCCUUUUGCGGAGCUGGAGCCCUUGAGAUACUCGGGAUAUACGUUGCGUUGCAGGUGACCAACCUGUCAUGGGCGACCCACUAUGCGGCUGGUGCUAGAUGUAGAGGCAUAUGCGUGGACUUCAAGUUUGCCUUCCAUCUAUAAGGCUCAUAUUGACUCAUCUUGAUCUUUUUUGCAGAUAAUUUCGUCGUUCGCUCAGGAUUUGAUUCAAAUCAAAUACAAAUCAUUUGAAAGGACCUUCAUUUUGGAUUCCGAGAAGGAUAUGGAGGUAAACUUAAAUACUUAAGAGAUUAAGAUAGUUAGAUGUUGAAAGAAUUGUUUCGAGCUCUUGCUCUAACAUCUAGUUUUGCCGGUUAUAACGGUUCUUUGUACGAGCUUGAGUGCAUUAGCCCGGACGCCAACCAUCAGACACAGAACACAGCCACUGGAAAAUAGCGCGAGAGGAGCUGCUGGGGACACAGUACCAGGAAUACGAAGAUUUUUUGUUGACUGGAACGGACGAAGAUCUAAAUCUAGAAGGCACAAGCUGAAGCUGAUAGAUAGGUAUCGACACCAUAUUCACAACAGCCGAUGAUCCGUGUACCACGUUCAUAAGAGCAUCAAACUCUCAUAAAAAUCACUACAGCCGAUGAUCCGUGUACCACGUUCGGGUUCUGGCGCAAGAUUAUGCUAUGUAGUUGCCUUCGCGUCUUCGUGUUGCUGGGCGUGUCUCUUCUUUCACGGGAGUCUCUUCAUCUCAAAAGAGCUCUUCCUCGUCUACAACGUCUUUCGAGAAGACGUGCGCACGAUGGGGAGCCCUAUGUUGGAGUACUAUACAAACUGUAUAAAUUCUGUCUCAUUUUUUUAUUUAAGUAUGCAGCAUUGUUCUUGUUGAUUGAACAAGCGGUUAUUUUCUUGUAUGUUGGAAUUGAACUGUUCGUGUUCACAGAAGAUAACUUCGAGGAUUAAUGGUGAUUCGAGUUCCCUUUCGACUUUGUUUCUUCAUCUUCUACAUACUCACAUUAUUUGAUCUGCCUUCGAAACUCCAGCGCUCCGCUUCCGUUAGACGAUCCCGCAAAGGAAAGCUACGCUUUAGCGAGUUCCUUGAGCAGUUUUUUUCUAGCAGCCGCGGGGAUGACAUGCGUCGUGCUCUUUUUGAGCAAAUAUGUAGAUUAUGAAUGGGCACCUGUUGAUGUAGGGAUCAGCAUGAGCUUAUCUUUGGAGCAAAAACAUCUUCUCUCUCUGCCGUUUCUUAUUACGUAGACAUCGCAACAGCUCGUCUUACAUGAUCAGUACAUAGAUACGACAUUUUUUUCUGCAACAACGAAGUUGCUUAGCUUGAGCUUGCUUACCUCCUCCCUAUCCCUCUAAGCAUAUGGCCAUUACCUGAUGUCGAGACUGUACUGUGACGUGGGUAGUAACUUGCUGUGCGCCAACCUCUUACUGCCGUUUCUAUUUGUGAGCUAUCCCCUGCGAUCGCUGCUGUACGUGUGGAGUUAUGAGCAAUUAUAUUAAAUCUGGUAGAGAUCAAUACUCUUCAAGCUAGAAGAAUGUCAGUUUCUACUAGAACACAGGCUUAAACAACAUGACGAACAGAAGUCAACGUCCUCAAGGUGAAUGCUCCCACCAAAUAUCUUGUUCUCUUCCUCAAGAAUGCUACCAGGCACGUCAAUCAAUCAAUGAAUCAAUCAAUCAGUCUUGCUGAAAGAACCCGGACACGAACUGGAACUCCUCUAACUCUUUCUCGCACUCGGAGUUGCCUUUGCGCUACAUCUGGUAUUGCCAGGGCUUAUCGUAACGCGCUACAUAGUGCCAAAUCCAACCGCUCUCUUUCGAUGUAGCGCGCACAAGUAUCUCGCAGGUCUCCUCUUCACGCAGAACGUUGGGUUUCUCUUCAUUAUGGCUUGAAAUUUCACUCUCCCAGGCAGCGAAAAGAAUUCACGUUCAUAUUGCAAACAGCAAAAUAUAGAAUGGUACAGAUGAAAUUUUUCAGAUAUUGAAAGAACAUUCAGCUUCACAAAAAACGGCCUCCUCUCUAAUCACAGCAGCUUUCUCGGUUCUUACUUUUACAGCAACAUCUACCAGUCUUUUUCCGGAGUAUUCGUACUCUUUGCGGCGAUACUGCUGUGCAUAAACGCCUUAGUGGUGAAAACACUCGCGGCGAAGGAGCAGGAGAUAACAAGGGUCAAGAUGGGACUAGAGGGCGCUUCAGAGGUAGAUGAUGCGCCUGGAGGACGACUUGCGCAGACAAGGGGUGGACCGGAAUGAGACAUGAUAGAUUUCUACACUCACACACUCACUGCCCUCAUACUUAGUUUUUGAGAAAAAUACGCUUGAAUAUGAGAAUAUAGAAUGAUCAUGAUGGAGGUUUAUCUUUAACUGGCUGUCGCUUUGCAUAUCCUGGAAUUCCCUACUUUGAAAAGCAGUUCCAUUUGGUCGCGACUCGCUCCAUUUGGUUGCGUCUCGCUUUGCGUCGUUCUCUUAACCUCCCUUGUGGGCAGGCCGCUGCGUUUUUAGAGCUACCCACCAUGAUGAUCCCACCUGCAGCCACAUCA